AUGGGCGAAGAAAAAGCGCGUAUCUCAGGGGAUUCGCCUCGGGGAACCGAUGCGCCAGUCCUUCCAACGGUCAAUCCAGCCAUCGAAAAACUUGCAGAACCUGCGUCUAACGGAAUUCAUCCUGCUUUUUAUGUCAUUGUCUGGAUUUCACUCAGCUCUAGUGUCAUUUUGUUCAACAAAUGGAUUCUGUCUACACUUGGCUUCAAAUACCCAAUCCUCCUCACAGCAUGGCAUCUUGUCUUCGCGACGGUCAUGACGCAGAUCAUGGCGAGAACCACAACUCUUCUUGACGGGCGCAAAACAGUCAAAAUGACGGGGCGAGUGUAUCUCAGAGCCAUUGUACCAAUUGGUGUAUUCUUCAGCUUGAGUUUGAUCUGCGGAAACUUAACAUACUUGUACCUGAGUGUUUCAUUCAUUCAAAUGCUCAAGGCUACUACACCUGUUGCAGUUCUCGUUGCUGGAUGGUGUCUCGGAUUGGAAAAGCCCGACCUCAAGAAACUCGGGAACGUGUCAUUCAUCGUCAUUGGUGUUGUUUUGGCUUCGUUCGGUGAAAUCGACUUCGUCUUGAUUGGUUUCCUUUACCAGAUGGGAGGAAUCGCUUUCGAGGCUGUCAGAAUUUGCUUGGUUCAACGCUUGUUAAACGGAUCGGAAUUCAAGAUGGACCCUCUAGUAUCUCUAUACUACUUUGCCCCAGUUUGCGCAUUCAUGAACUUGACAGUAGCUCUUUUCUGGGAAGUACCAAAGGUCUCAAUGGCUGAAGUGUACGCCGUAGGCCUGGGAACCUUCUUCGCAAAUGCAUGCUGCGCGUUCCUCCUGAAUGUAUCUGUGGUGUUCUUGAUUGGCAAGACCUCAGGUCUCGUCCUCACCCUUUGCGGUGUCCUCAAGGAUAUCCUUCUCGUUAUUGCGUCUAUUCUUAUCUGGGGCACCAAGAUUUCCGGUCUCCAAGUGUUUGGAUACGGCAUUGCCCUUGCUGGUAUGGUAUACUACAAGUUAGGACAGAAGGAAUUGAAGCCAUUUAUUCAAGAGGGGUCAAGGAAAUGGGCCGAAUUCGGCGCAACUCGACCAGUUCUCCGCAAACUUAUCGUCAUCGGGGCUGUCUUCAGUUUGGUCGUUCUUCUCUUGGCUGGUGUCGGACCUCAAACAAACAUUGACACCAAGAAAUUGAUCGACGCAGCGAAAUCAUACGGUACAACGGGCACAGUCGGCGCCAAUCUAUGA